UGAAAAUUGAAAGUACGCUAAUAUAUCUGACGUCAUGACAUUCUGCGCAGUUCCUAUUUUGUUGAAAAUCAAUUUUUCACCAUUCUCAGUAUUUUGUUAAAUUAACCUAUAUCGAUUUGUUUUCAAAACAGAAUUGAAUGAAGAAAGGAAUCACAAGUAGCCGAGGAAUGAUAUAGAUUUAUGGCUAACCGCAAGAAUCGACAAGUAACUCCACGUCCCAGCUUCCACAAAGGAACAUGAAAACAUAUUGAAUAUAACAAUCGGAUACAGUCUACAGGGUGAUCACAUAUACACCUAUUGUUACAAUUUGUAACAAUACUCAGAUCAGACUACAACCUGAUCAGAAUAUUAGGAAAUAUACACACUUAUGAGAUAGACUUCAAUUCAAUAUGAAUAAACAUUCAGAUCAAUUUUACACAGUGGAGGUAGGAGACUCCAAGUUUACUAUACUGAAGAGGUAUCAAAAUCUCAAACCAAUAGGAUCAGGUGCACAAGGUAUCGUAUGUGCUGCAAAUGAUGUCCUAACAAAUGAAAAUGUUGCCAUAAAGAAACUCAGUCGGCCUUUUCAAAACGUGACACAUGCCAAACGAGCCUACAGAGAAUUCGUCCUAAUGAAAUUAGUCAAUCAUAAAAAUAUUAUUGGGCUACUGAAUGCUUUCACCCCACAAAAGUCUUUUGAUGAAUUUCAAGAUGUGUAUUUAGUAAUGGAACUGAUGGAUGCCAACCUGUGUCAGGUUAUACAGAUGGACUUAGACCAUGAAAGAAUGUCUUAUUUGUUAUAUCAAAUGCUAUGCGGCAUCAAACAUCUUCACUCGGCAGGAAUUAUACAUCGAGAUUUAAAGCCUAGUAACAUUGUAGUGAAGUCUGACUGUACAUUAAAGAUCUUAGAUUUUGGUCUUGCCAGAACUGCGGGUACUAGUUUCAUGAUGACACCAUACGUGGUAACGCGCUAUUACAGGGCACCUGAGGUCAUUCUGGGUAUGGGUUAUAAGGAAAAUGUCGAUAUUUGGUCAGUGGGCUGCAUUAUGGGAGAGAUGAUCAGAGGAGGUGUCAUGUUCCCAGGAACUGAUCAUAUAGACCAAUGGAAUAAAAUCAUUGAGCAGCUAGGUACGCCAUCUCAAGAGUUUAUGCAGCGUCUACAACCUACAGUCCGAAACUAUGUAGAAAACCGGCCAAGAUAUGCAGGUUAUCCUAUAGAUAAAUUAUUUCCCGAUGUCCUGUUUCCUACAGACAGUGUAGAGCAUCCUGGUUUGAAAGCAUGUAAAGCACGAGACGUCCUUAGUAAAAUGUUGGUGGUUGACCCAGAGAAGCGUAUAUCAGUUGAUGAGGCCCUGAUGCAUCCUUAUAUUAAUGUUUGGUAUGAUGAGGCAGAAGUGAAUGGGCCUUCCCCAUCAGCCUAUAACCAUGCAGUAGAUGAUAAAGACCACACAGUUGAGCAGUGGAAAGAAUUAAUUUACAAGGAGGUGAUGGAUUAUGAGACUGUAGGACAACAAAGGGAAAAUGCUAUGCAUAAUCACAAACAAGGUAGCCAAGGAGGAGUAAGUGCAAAGUCUUAAUAAAGAGGACAGCCUAGUCAGAGUUUAAGAUUGUACAUAAUACCAGCAUAGACAUGUACAAUAAUAAGCUGUAUGUACAAUUAAAGCUAUAUGUACAAUACAGAGCUUUAUAUGUACAAUAAGAUACAUACAAUUAAUAGUAGAUGCGCUCUUGAAUUUUGGAGUUAUUUGGGAUUUGAAAUUAUAUUUUCAUUCUCAGUCUUCAAUUCCUCAAAGACAUUGAAUGAUCUGAUUUGUAAAAAUAGAUCAUGUGAUCACAAGCACGCGUUGGAUAUGAUCCUGGUGUCAUUUUCAGACUAGUAUAUAGGAGUUGAGUGCAUUGUUGAACUAUAGUUGAACACUAUAUUGUCAGGCCCCAAAUCAUUACACACAACCAGGGGUAAUUCUGCACUCUGUUGUUUUUUAUAAAUGACAAAGUUGGCACUGUUGUGAUUGCUUUGCAAGAAAUACGGAUAUUAUUAUAUUUAUUAAAAAGUUUGUGAAACUUGACAACUUUGUUGUGCAAUCCUGUUGUGGCAACUAUUUUGCCAUGGAGAUGGUUACUUUGGAGAUUGCUGUAACUAAGUAACCAUUGGAAUAGUUUAUGAUGCUGAAUCAGCAAUUUUAGAGAGGAAAGUUUCAUAUCACAUAAUUUAUUUUCUUGAAAAAUUGUAUCCUCAUUGGUAGUAUGCAACUAAAUACAAUGUUUUCAAACUUCAAAAGGAUCCAUUUAUGUUACAAAAUUGAAAAAGAUAUAACUAUCAAAUGAUGAAAGGGUUUGUGUAUUUUGUAUUCAUACACAGUAAUGAUGGAUUCAGCAAUUCUCAACUUCCAAGAUACUGUACUUCUACU